UUGCUUAUUAGAAAUGGGAGAAAAACAACAAUGGACCAAUGAGCAUUUAAAAUGCUUAUUGGAUACUUGUAUUGAAGAAGUAGAGAGUGUCGGUAGAAAAGGAUUGAGUUUGCAGAAAGACUCAUGGAUAAGGCUUGGAAGAGUUCUUAAGGAGAAAUUUGGGUUUGAGUUGAGUCAAAAACAAAUGAAAAACGCAUAUGACAAUUUGAAAGCCAAAUACACAAGAUGGGUGUAUUUAAAAAACAAAACUGGUAAUAUAUACAACUCUCAAACAAACACUUUUAACUUAACAGCCGAGGAGUGGGAUGAUUUUAAGAAGGGGCAUCCGAAGGCUGCUUCAUUGAGAACAAUUCCACUGCCUUUUCCAGAUCUUUGUGCACGUCUUUUUGAUGGAAAUAGUGCUACUGGUAAUUUUAGGAGUUACUCAACCCAAUCAUCAUCAGUAGCUGGAGCAUCCUCUUGUCGUCUUCCACCACUUCAGAUUACCGCCACCCCUUUUCAUGCAAUAGAUGAUGAUGGUGAACACACUUCCCACCCCUUUUCUGCCGCUCCACCUUCUGCUGCUUCACCUUCUGCCGCUCCACCUUCUGCAGCUUCACCUUCUGAUGCUUCACCAUCUGGUAACCCCAACAAAAGGGCUAAACCCUCAACUCCUAUACCUCCUAGUGCCUCACCGUCUACUUCUUCAGCUGAUGGAACUUCUAUUACUGGCGACGAUUUAGCAUUAGAAAUGAAAAAAGCUUUACAAAGUUUGACUAAAGGGUAUACAAUCCCUCAAUGUUUAGAGAAGUUAGAGGUGCUUCAGUUAGGCCCCACCGAUCCAUUGCGCUUUGUUGCAUAUCAUAUUUUUGGAGGGACCAUGAACAUGAAAGAGAUGUGGAUGCAUUUUCCUGAUGUUCCUGAGAUAUUACGAGGAUGGCUUGAGAUGACGGGUACAAGUGUAGGAGUUUUGAAUGAUGGAAAGAUUGUCCGAUGAUUGUUCUAGUGUUGAAACUAUUUGUUAGGUCUUUUUGCCUUUGUUGGAACUGUUUUGUUAGGUCUUUUUUCUUUUCUUGGAACUAUUUUUUUGUUAUGUUGCUACUUGGAAUAUGGUUUAUCUAAUGUUUUUUUGGUACAUAAUGUAAUGUGUAUUUGCUACGUCAAAUAUAGUUUAUGUAUGUUUUUUUGCUACUUGAAAUAUGGUUUAUGUAAUGUUUUUUUUUUUUUGUGCUACUUGAAAUAUGAUUAAUGUAAUGUUUUUUAAAGUUCUACUUUGUUGUUUUUAGGUUCAUAAUGGAUCACGAUCAAAAGUUACUUCUCGUAAUUCUUAUGUACCUGU